GAGAGAUCGCUUGAACACGGACAGAGAGACUGGACACUUGCAGCAAGCUCCGGCCAUACGAAAGACCCGGCGGCAGGACAGACUCUGCAGCUACAAAACGACGGUGUCCAUGUCGACGCCGCAGCUGGUGGAUGGUGCUGUCAGGCUAUCACUGGAUCCCAAAGUCACCUGCUGUCUCAAAAUACCGGCUCUCCAGCUCUGGCACAACCUCAACUGAGACGAGGUUUCUCUGAAGGAAACCUGACUGCACUUCUGUUACAAGACGUGUCUGGAGCUAAAUCACCACUGUCGGGAACCACUCGAAAUGUGCAGCUGAACUCCCAGAAGGAAGCAGAGUGACAGCACCACCACAGGAACUAGACCACUAGAGUCCCAGGAGACAGGAGGUGGAAGUCCAGGAGGGGAGGAGAUGUUAGAAGUGACCACAGCGGAGCUGAGUUGUUCCAUGCUGCUGGAAGAAAAGCUGAAUGCUUUGCACUGAGCAGAGGAAUGGACCUCAAACACCUCCUGUGUCUGCUGCUCUGUGCAGCUGCCCUGACAGUUUCUGAAGCCUUAGGUAAAGAUGGGGACAACGAGGCUUACCGGUGGACCAGGCAGAGCCUCCCAGUGGUGCUGGACACACGCACACAGCUUUUAAACACCCCUUUAUUCAGAGGGCAGGAGGAGGAUGAGGAGAAAGGUAGGGCAAAGACACUCUGUGGGAUUGAGUGUCAAGGCAGCUUACCACCUAUGGACCUGACUGCGCAAGAGAGGAUUCUGGGAUAUGAGACAAUGUAUGAAAAUGGCACGCGCACACAUACAGAUGUCAGUUUGCAGGGUUUUAAUAAGACGUUUGCAGGAACACCAGCCCACUCACAAACCCAUACACGUAGGAAACGACAAGUUUUCGGAUCAGAUGGACGCUUUGUGAUCUCUGAUUCGCAUUUUAUCACCAACUACCCAUUCUCGACAGCUGUUCGCCUCUCCACAGGCUGCUCUGGAGUCCUGAUAUCCCCAAAACAUGUGCUGACAGCAGCACGCUGCAUCCAUGACGGCAGUAAUUACCUUGAGAGUGCAAGCAGGCUUAAAGUAGGAGUGCUGCAGCUCAAAAGCAAAAGAGGAAGAGGGGGAAGGAGGAGAGGAGGGCGGCGUAGGGGUGGGAGGAGAAGACAGGGGGAAACAGAUGAGGAGAAAGGAGAAGAGCCGAUAAUGGAGGAAGGUGAGGAGCAGAAUAGCAUAGAUGGAGAUGUAGUGAGAGUCAGAAAUAGGGGCAAAGGCAGGAGAAGCAGAGGAAGAAGAGAGAAAGACCAUGUGGUAGCUGAUGAGGGAAAUAUAGAUCAAUCUGAAAGAGGAAGAGGGAAACGGAAAAGUCUCAACCGUGUUCGACGCGGUGUUGAAUCCAGAAAGCAGCCUGUCUUCCGUUGGACGCGAGUGAAACAAACCCGAAUCCCUCAAGGAUGGAUCCACACCAAGAGCCCCACCAACUCAGUUUCCUCCGACUACGAUUACGCCCUUCUAGAGCUGAAAAGACAAAUCAAACAAAAGUACAUGAGGCUUGGAGUGGCUCCCUCUGCCGCUCCCCUGGCACGGAUCCACUUCUCAGGCUAUGACGCUGACAAAAGCCUGCUGGACGGGCGUGGAGAUGAGAAGGUGGUUUAUCGUUUUUGCUCAGUGACAGAGGAGUCCAAUGAUUUGAUGUACCAGCACUGUGACGCGCAGCCCGGUGCGACAGGUGCAGGUGUUUACAUUCGUCUGAGACAGGAAGUGGGAGAUUCAGGUGGGAAAGGAAAGUGGCAGAGGAGGGUGAUUGGGGUGUUCUCAGGCCAUCAGUGGGUGGGGGUGGAGGGAGAUGAGCUGAAGGACUUUAAUGUUGCUGUGAGGAUCACUCCUCCCAAAUAUGCCCAAAUCUGUCACUGGAUCCACGGAGAUCCAAGUCUCUGUAAAGAGGUCUGAACUUGCAGAGCAAUGGAUCUACAAGAGAAAAAGACCUGUUGUUACUUUCUAAGAGACUCAGUGAUGUGGGCUGGCAUAACUUCUAGGAACUGCUCUUUAAAAUGGUCUAAACUUUGACUAAUGAGUCAAAGUAAAAGUAAAAGUAGAACUUAGAUUUAGCUUUGCUUAAGUGCUGACUGAAGUGAUUCCUAAUUGUUGUGAAAUAAAGACUACAGUCACGCCUCCCUCCCCCAAGCCAUGAAACCAGUAGAGAGACCUCCAAACGUUGUGGCUGCAUCAUAGCUUCAUGCACACCUCAUAAUGGUUAAGUCUACCCAUCAUUCACCAAAACCAACAUUGUAUGCUUCAGUAAAUUGCAACAUACACGAAUAAAGCUUGUCAAAGAUGUUUCCUAUACAGUUAUAAUCAUCAUCAGAGCACUAACAUCGUCAGACUCUCAAUGGACAGCUAAAAAACAAUCAAAAUUGAUGCAGCAAAAACAGAGAUUUUUUUUUUAUUCCACACAUUCUUCACCCUUGUUAAAAGCUGGUACCUACAUUACCCACAAUUCCACUCAACCACCAACAGUUCACUCAGAGAUUUGGGUGUGUUAGGUGAGUAGCGGCUAGUGUAGCCUCACAUUGAGCCUCAGGCAGAGAUGAGUCGUCGGCCACAGAGAUGUGCUAAGGUCAGUUCUUGUAAAUCCACACCGCUCCAGAUUAUUUUCAUUUUCUGAUCUUCGGCCUAAACCGAUACUGACUCAAGUGUCAUCACAUGAGCCAGUUAAUCCGACUGCACACGGCUCCACCUGGAGGUGCAAAAGGCUUUAUACAACUUUUUUCACAUAUGCAGUAGUACUCCCCAACACCUGUGAAUAAACCAGUGGUUUAAUUUAUAAUUUCUAUGUUAUGUUACUCAUUUUCUUUCACUCUCACCAUAAUUCUUGUAUUUCACAGCUCAGCUAAUAUAGUAGUUACUGCACUUUUUGUAAUUGAUAUAAAGAAGGGUAAAACAAAUAUUAGGAAUAAUCACACUAAUAUUUGAUUAUAUAUAUGAUGAAUCCAUCACGUCAUCAGCCUCUUUAUGUUUUAUAGGAGUCUGGAGUCUGUAUUAGAAUAGAUUUUUCUAUAUGUAAAGUGUGUAGUCGCUUCAUCUGCUGCAGGCAGGCUGUAUCAGCAAACCUUCAAUCCAUGACUGCUGCAAAUAUCUCUGAUUCUGGAUCUGCAACCUGUUCAGCCAUUUAUCAGUUCAUUUAGACUCUGUGGGAAAACAGAACGGUGUCAAAAUUUGACACAAGUAAAAUUCUUCAGUUUGUUUUUUGACAGAAUUUCACUGUCACCUUUUCACAGUCGUAUGUUUGUCUCUUAAACACCUAAUUUAUAUGACUGUAAUUAACUGAAACUGUAAUUAUGUAAAGGGAAAGUCAAAAUCUUAUUCUGUUUUCUCAUGUUGCACAUAGUAAACAACUUACAUGAGUAUACGUAAGUGUAUUUUCUGAUGUUUAGAGAGAAGCAGUGUUUUGUAUUGUAAUUCUGCCUGUUAUUAACCUGGCCACAAACAAAAUUUCUUGUACCAAAAAUAGUUCACAUUGAUAACAAAUAAAAAUGUUAAAAUUAAAAAAAAAAACAUGCUGACAAAAUCAGACCAGAGAUAAGUGAUGAGCCGUGAGGAUUGUUUGGAUCAGUGUAUUUGUCUUUUAUUGCAUCUCAUUUGGACUCACAUGCAGGUGGGGGUGAGGGAGGGAGGGCGAUGCCAUCCAUAGUAGCCCAAAAAAAAAAAAAAAAAAGGGAAAAAAAAGGAAAACAUCACAGCCUUCAUAUGAAUACUUAGCAAUAUUUAUCCACAUUCUUUUUGUUUUUAUGUGUCAUUGUCAUCUUUAUUAUUCUUUCAACACUUUGUUAAUGCCACAAUGGAAUAAGAUACAGUCACUUUUGGAAAUAAACAACACACAGAA